AUUCCGGGGUGAAUUAGCCAUCUCGGUGUGAUCCUGGACACAAUAGCAAGUGUGCAGCAUCCACUUUCACUAUUGAAGAGGAGAUAAUUUGUUAGCUCCAAAAUAAUCAACGUUCGUUGUCGCAGGUGCACACCUGUAAAAGACUGGAUCCUGCACCCUACAGCAACCGGAUUGAGAGAGGCAGAGAUGUAUGGUGUGUGAGAAGCCAGUGAUGGCUCACAGAAAGAGGCCUGGGACGAACAGCAGCAUGUCGGAGCCCCUCUCUCGGCCCUGUCCUGCACGACUCCCCACAGAGGAGCAUGACGAGGCAUCCCAGAGUGAGGAGGAGGCACCCCAGCACACCUACUGCGACUCCCAGGGGCUUAACCUGAAAGACAGCCGCCCGGGCACACCCACUACUCCAGACCAUGCCCAAGCAGACUGCCAUGCGCACCCUGACAGCAUGGAUGGAGACUCCAGCUCCGACUACGUCAACAACACGUCAGAUGAGGAGGAGGACUACGACGAGGGGCUGGCGGAGGAGGAUGAGGGCGUGACCUACUACAUCCGCUACUGCCCCGAGGACGACAGCUACCUGGAGGGGGUAGAGUGUGAGGAGAGGGAUUACGCCUCCGUCUGUCCCCAGCUGACGGUGCCUGCCGAUGCCCACGAGUCACAGGAGGCGGUGGAGGAAUGGGCGGAGCCUGAGGGGCAGCGCGAGGUCCUCGAGCAGGAUGUGGAUGCAUCGGGUUACAACAGCACCCCAGAGCCUACCGUGGACCAGUGCCCCGCCCCUCUCCAUGUCCCUGUGCCCGGGAAUGAAGAAGAGGAGGAGGAAGGAGAAGAAGAGAGCAGGGGUUACGGCCCCAAUGAGGAGGAAGAAGGGGAGGAGCAAGACGGAGGUGACUUCACAGGGGACUAUUACGUCCCAGAGGACAAUGGGAACCCUGUGCAUGUGUCCUCUUACCGUGAGGACAUGGAGGGUGGGAGUGGGGGUAGGGGUGAGGGUGGGGAGGACCCAGAGGAGGACAUUGACCAGAUCGUGGCGGAGAUCAAAAUGAGCAUGAGUAUGGGCAGCCUGAGCAGCGGCACUGACCAGAGCCCAGAGGAGCUGCCGCCUGACGGUACACCCAAGGACUUCGCAGAGUCCCCCUCCAAGCCGGAGCAAGCCCCCUAUACCCCGCCCCACCACCGGGAGAGCCGACCCAAGUCUCUCAAUAUCCCCCCUGCCCGGCGCAGCAACCCAGAGCUGCAGAGGGGACCAAAGGUGCGAGCAUGCACCCCUGAGGAAAGGACGCAGUGGGCACAGGAACAGGUCUCUCACAGCGUGGAGCAGCCCAGGAAACAGCAGAGAUCAGAUCUCAACGGACCAGUGGAGAAUAACAACGCCCCUGAGCAAACCAAGAAGACUGCCACUUUCCCCAGCUUUGUAGAUGUCCCUGGACCCUGUGAGCCUGAGGAUCUUAUUGAUGGCAUUAUCUUUGCCGCCAACUACUUGGGCUCCACACACCUGCUGUCCGAAAGAAACCCGUCCAAGAACGUCCGCAUGAUGCAGGCCCAGGAGGCGGUGAGCCGGGUCAAGAGGGUUCAGAAGGCUGCCAAAAUCAAGAAAAAGGGCCCAGAGGGGGAGGCUCAGACACUGACAGAGGUGGACCUCUUCAUCUCCACACAGAGGAUCAAAGUUCUCAAUGCCGACACACAGGAGGCAAUGAUGGACAAUGCCCUGCGCACCAUCUCGUACAUCGCGGACAUCGGUAGCAUCGUGGUGCUGAUGGCUCGUCGUCGCAUGCCCCGCACCGCUGCACAGGACUGCAUCGAGACCACGCCCGGCGCCACUGAGUGCAAGAAGCAGUACAAGAUGAUCUGCCAUGUCUUUGAGUCGGAGGACGCACAGCUCAUCGCGCAGUCCAUCGGGCAGGCAUUUAGUGUGGCCUACCAAGAGUUCCUGAGAGCCAAUGGGAUCAACCCAGAGGACCUGAGUCAGAAAGAAUACAGCGACAUCAUCAACACAGAGGAGAUGUACAACGAUGACCUCAUUCACUUCUCCAACUCGGAGAACUGUAAAGAGCUGCAGCUGGAGAAGCAGAAGGGGGAGAUCCUGGGCGUGGUCAUCGUGGAGUCGGGGUGGGGCUCCAUCCUGCCCACCGUCAUCCUGGCCAACAUGAUGAACGGAGGCCCCGCCGCCCGCUCUGGCAAGCUGAGCAUCGGGGACCAGAUCAUGUCCAUCAACAACACCAGCCUGGUGGGGCUGCCCCUCGCCACCUGCCAGGGCAUCAUCAAGGGUUUGAAGAACCAGGUUCAGGUAAAGCUGAACAUCGUGAGCUGUCCCCCCGUCACCACUGUCCUCAUCAAGAGGCCGGACCUCAAGUACCAGCUGGGCUUCAGCGUGCAGAAUGGCAUUAUCUGCAGUCUGAUGCGCGGUGGCAUUGCUGAGCGUGGAGGGGUCCGCGUCGGCCACCGCAUCAUCGAGAUCAACGGCCAGAGUGUGGUGGCCACGGCACACGAGAAGAUUGUCCAGGCCCUGUCUAACUCUGUGGGAGAGAUCCAUAUGAAGACAAUGCCAGCAGCCAUGUUCAGACUGUUAACGGGGCAGGAGACUCCCAUGUACAUCUAGAGCUGGCAUGGCCUUUCUUUCACAAGGAAAGCCAUAAGCAGACACUGUUUACACACACCCAGGGUCUACUGGACAAUGGACCCCUGGGAAGAGUUGAGAGUUUGGAAGCCUCCUUUUGCAGCUAUUUUCUUUUUUCAGCUUCUUACUCUGCCCAAAAUUGAUCACUCCUUGGCUUUUUUGAAUAUCUGUAAUACCUUUCAAACACUCACAAUAUUUUAAAGACCUUGAACCAGACAUAAAAAAACAACUCUCAUCAGUGCUGGUGUCAUGGAUGUUAUUUAUUUGUUCUGUCUGUGUGUGUGUGUGUGUCAUGUUGGAGAGU